AUGUCAGUUAAAACCCAUAAAAGAGCUGAUACUUAUGAAGGUCCUCAAAUGAAUUUCAAAUUUCCAAGUGAUGAAGAUUUAAUUAUACAUCACAUUUCUAAGGAUGAUAAAGUUGAAUUGACUGGACCAAGUAUUGAACCAUACUUCAAAUAUGAACAAUCAUCACACAGCAAGAACAAUCAAGCACCAAAGGAAGAAAGACCAACAAGAGGUAAUGAAAUUUAUUACAUUUCUGAAGAAGAAGAUGCAUCAAAAGCUGCUUUUAGUGAUAAUGGUCGUUCCGUUCAAAUGAAUGAAUAUCAGGAAUCUAAUUUUAGUGAACCAUCAGCUCAAACACAUCCAAGUACUCGUAAUGAUGGAUUUUCAAUUCCAACACAAGACAACAUCACAUAUCAAAUUACAAGAUCAUCAAUGAGAAGUGAUUCAUCACUGUACCGUAAGGCUUCUUUGAAGAGAUCAAAAGCUGUGAAAUAUAAAGUUGGUUGGUUAACAAGAUUGAAACAAAUGGGUAUUAAUAUCAAGAAAAAAUUGAAGCAAUGGAGAUUGAUUUCUGUUAAGAAAGCAUUUAAAACAACUAAGAGAAGAUUCAAAUUCAACAAGCGUUCCAUGAAGAAGAAAAACAUUUCAAUGCCGUUAGAAAGAGGAAGAGCUAAAAGUAUUUCCGAACUGAAGAGAGAAAUUAACGAUUGGUAUGUUCCCCAAAAACCAGAGCUUUCACAAGUUGCUUCUAUUCAAAGACCACCAACUCCACAACAUAGAGUAGUGUCAAAUGGUUCAACUUCAUCUUUCAAGAAAAUACCACCGCCAUUACCACCUCAUCGUAUUGCAUCAACACCAAUGUUGAGAGUUUCGAAACAACAAAGCAAAUUGAAUCAAACACAUCCUAUGAAUAGAAGCUUUUCAACACCAACUGGUGCUGAUGUGCUCCAAGAAAAACCAAAAGUUCAACCAUUACUAUUGCAACCAAAAACUACACCAUAUCAUCCUUAUCAAGAUUUAGCAUCAACUGAAGAUAUAACAAAUCCACAUAUUGCAACAAAAGUUGUACAUGAUGAAGAUAUUGGCUCAGAGUUUGAUGAAACAUAUUAUGAUCCAAAAGAUAAUGAUGAUUUGAUUCGUGAUUUAUGGAAAGGUUAUCUGCGCAGAACAAUUGCUGCCAGAAUUGAAUCCAAAUUAGAAAUUCAUAGAAUCUCACAAAUUCCAGAACCAACUGAACAACAAGAGUAUGCUGAAGAAGUAUUCGGUAUCAUCAGUGAUUAUGACAGUGAGGAGAGUAUUAGUGAUUUUGAUGAUGCAGAUAAUGAAUCGUUGACAUCUAUCUCUGGAAGUGAGUUUAGCUCAUCGGAUUCUUCUUCAAGUUCUCAAAACAUGUCAGAAGCUAGUACCAACUAUUUCUCAACAUAUAGCAGUGGUCCAUCAGCCUCACCAUCUCCAAUGCUAUCAAGAGAAUCAUAUAAUUUCAUUCAAGCCCAAUUGCAAAAUGUCAAGAGAUCAUCCACAUUACCAACUGACAGAUUGGCAGCUUACCAAACUCCAGCACACAACAGAUUCCUAUCUGUUAUAAACUAA